AUGCACAAGGGCUGCAUACUUUGGGGAAUGCGCACAGUUGUGGCAACCAAGUUGAGGCACAAACUUCUGGAUAUUCUGCAUGACUGCCAUAUCGGCCAAUCGAAAAUGAAGAUGUUUGCUCGUUCGUAUAUUUGGUGGCCUGGUCUAGAUAAGGACAUUGAAUCCAGGGUCAGGAACUGCGAGCAGUGCUCGGCAGUGGCUGCGCAGGAGAUCCCUGUUCCCUUUCAUCAGUGGGAGCAACCUGACAAGGCGUGGCAUCGCCUUCACGCGGAUUUCGCAGAGCUUCAUGGGAAGCACUAUUUGAUUGUUAUUGAUGCCUUCAGCAAAUGGCCCGACAUCAUCCAGAUGACCGGUACCAAUGCUCUGAAAACGAUCAGUGCUUUUCAAGAUAUUUUUGUCCAAAACGGACUACCGGAAGUUCUCGUCACAGACAACGGACCGCCAUUCACAAGUCAGGUCUUCGAGGAUUUCUUGAAACAACGAGGAAUACACCACGUCCUCACUCCGCCAUACCAUCCGCAGUCAAAUGGUCUGGCGGAGAAUUUUGUGAGAACUUUCAAGACCACUCCACGUCGGUUCGAAGAGGGAGGUGGCAAGGACAGACUUUGUGACUUUCUUUUUAAAUACAGAGUGACACCGCAUGUCACCACAGGCCGUCCUCCUUGUGAGCUGUUGAAUAACAGACAGUAUCGUUCUCUACUUGAUCUCGUCCGUCCAUCUGAGGUGGCGUGUUCCGGAAGAGAUAGUCUGGCACCGGAGCGUCAAAAGCGAAAUUACGACAGACGAACUCAGGACAGACAGUUCUCUGUCGACCAAGGAGUUUGGAUGUUGGACAACUCCAAGAAGGGACACUGGAAGACAGGGACGAUUGUGAGCAAGCAGGGCUCCGAAAUGUUCGAAGAACAUUCCCGCUUCCGAUGUACGAUGUCGCCCUGCAGCGAUUGA